UUCCUGUGUGCUGGAUGCUAUUCUGAGAGCUUGGAAGAGUACAGUAGAACAGACACAGCAGAAACAAAAGGCCAGCUCUGCAAGGAGAGUGUUUGCCAUGGAGAAAAUUUUCCUGUCAGUGUUCCUGGUCCUCGUGGCUGUCUCUCAUACUCUGGCUAAAGACAUUUCUUCCAAAACCGGAGGGAAAAAGGAAGUAAAGAAUACCCACACAAAAUUUCCCCAGACUCUCUCCAGAGGCUGGGGGGAUAAUCUUUUCUGGACUCAGACGUAUGAAGAAGCCUUAUACAAAUCCAAAAGCAGCAACAAACCGCUGAUGAUUAUCCACCAUUUGGAGGAAUGUCCACACAGCCAAGCUCUGAAGAAAGUGUUUGCCGAAAGCAAUGAAAUCCAGAAAAUGGCAGAAAAGUUUGUUCUUCUGAAUCUUAUCUAUGAAACAACUGACAAGCACCUUUCACCCGACGGUCAAUAUGUCCCAAGAAUUAUGUUCAUUGACCCUUCCCUGACCGUGAGAGCCGACAUCACUGGGAGAUAUUCCAAUCGCCUCUACGCUUAUGAGCCUUCGGAUGCUGCCUUGUUGCUGGAUAACAUGAAGAAAGCUCUGAAGCUGCUGAAGACCGAACUGUAAAAAAUAAAACCGAUCGAAAGGUUGACAGGCAGGAUACCUGUUCCUUUUCCACCAAGUCUUCUUGGAGCCCAGAAGGGUGAUUUUUAGCUUAAUCCGAGGAAGGCAGGCGCACUGGUCCCUGGUCAAACUAGGAUUAUGGUUUAAUGUUGUAGUAGUUCUUUUUUUUACCGACUACUUUUAAAAAGUUUCAUUGUAUGCUUCAACAGUAAGCCAUGAUUAUUUUUUUAAUAAAUCCUCUUUGGGGGUGUUCAAGCUAUUCAGUUUUUACUUGGUCUUUCACUAAUCAACUUUAAGUGCCUCCCUGAGACUGUAAACACUACCCUGAGGGCAGGAGGAGGAUCCUGGACAAAACAUGUUAAGCACUUAAUACACUGCUUUCCCCAUGGAAAGAAUUCAAUAAAUGCUGCAUUGAUGAUGAA